GUCCGGAAUCUCGUCGUGUUGCACAGAUGGACAAUAAUACGGAAGCAGGAAUCAGCUGACGCCGUUCUUCGCGCUGUUGUGCUUCUGAGAGGAGAGACAAGCUUUUGUCAUGGAUGACCAAGAGAUGCAGCUGAAAGUGAGGAGAGUGAGUGACAAAUUCACGGAGAGUAUGUAUGUCCUGGCUAACGAGCCAUCAGUGGCUCUGUACAGGCUGCAGGAGCACGUCAGGAGGUCCCUGCCUGAGCUGGUGCAGCACAAGACAGACAUGCAGAGCUGGGAGGAACAGAGUCAGGGAGCCAUCUACUCGGUAGAGUAUGCAUGCAGUGCCGUGAAAAGUAUGACAAACAGCAGUGUGUAUUUCAAGAACAUUGACACCCUUCUUCGACAAACCAUCACCAUGAAGGAGCAGAUUAGUAACUUUAAUGGACGCAGGAAACGGACCAUAGACCCAGGAAUGUUGAAGGAAGGGGCAGAAAGGCACAACUCUGGGAUGUAAAGAGACCUCCUGAGUUGGCCUCCACAACCAUUUGACUGUGGCUGAAGUGGGGUCAAGGGGAGACGACCAACCAUCACAAUGAAGUGACCCCCCUUCCACCCUUCUGCUAAAGUAACUCGCCACUCUGUGGAGUGGGGUGCACCAGCACUGCCAGGUUCAGCAUUAGAAACACUUAAGUCAUGGCUGCUCAAAGAAUGCAUUGUUCUCUGAAACUGGACGGCUGGAUUAGAGGAAAAGCAGCAGCGCUGGUAUGCCUCUGCUGCUGAAAACACAACUAACACAACAUUGCUGUGGAAGCUUUUUGUGGAUUUUUAGCUACAGAGAGGUGUCUAUGAAGUGCUUUAGUAGUAAAUAGUGAUUAAGAAAAAAUGUGAAAAUGUACUGUUUUGUUUUCUGUCUGUCGUUCCUACCUGCCAAAUAGACAGACACCCCCAGGCAGAAUAGUCCAAUCGCCACAUGUCGUACAGCUCUGCUAUCCAGAAGGAACCAGUCUGCUCUGUUGAAAGAGAUCCCAUGUCAGCACCUACAGUAUGUUUGCACUUUCGCGUUGAUGCUUCACUUUUGAAAUCAAUGUAUUGGUUAAUAAAAAUAGAACAAUA